UUUGGGAAAGAAACAAGGUGUUCGAUUUGGACGUUAUUUGUGUGUUUAUGACAUUCUUGGAACCAUUUGGAUAUUCGGAGAACAUGAAAUGAAGCCGUAUUUGGUGUUUUGUAUAGUUUACGUUGUUGCAAAAGACUGAUACAUUGGGUUUUUGUGAGGUUUAGUCGCCGACUUGCCGUCCUCUAUUUUUAGCACCAGGUGGCGCUGUGUUUACGUAUAUUUGUCGUCGUAAACAAGUGUGGGGCUGACUGAAGAUCUAAAAAGAAUCACUGUGUUCUCUCGAUCUGCUGAGUGACAUGUUAACGUAGACUGGUUUGUGUCUACAACAUUGACGAUGAGUGUCGGUGUUAAAACGCCGACACGAUCUCAGUUUGAACAUGCGGAAUUCCUUUGUGGGGAAAUAGUGUCAUCUCCCAAGGAAAUCCCACCAUCCAGUAGUGAUGGGCUGGAUAACACUAAGAGGAGAAUGGAAUCAACGUGCACCUCGCUCAACAGGACUUACCUUAAUGUAGGGGGAGCCUCGCGCUUUCAGUCAACAUCAUCAUCAUCACUGAGUCGAAACGACCGACAUGACUGUUCAUUCAGAAAACGAAGGUACUCACAACCUCAGAAAAGCUUAGAAGCGUCUGCUUUUGGCAGCCUGCGAAGGAGAAGACUUGCCAGUCAGGUUGACUUGAAAUUUGGAGAGAAAGGUGCGAAUAUCAUUCUGCCGACGAGGUUUCUUCUAGGCGGUAACAUCAAUGAUCCUCUCAAUUUGAACGGUCUCUAUGAAGACGAUGCUGGAAGGAUUCUUAACGAGCGUACACCAGAGUCAUCCCCCUUGCCGACACCUUCACACCGCAGCAGUGUGGAGGUGAAGAUACCACCAAACAUUACAGACCCUCUCAACCUCAACUCCGACGACUUCGACAAUAAAAACGUGAAGAAGAGGAAGCGAAGUUACUACAACCGCCAUAAAAGGAAAGAAAAUGUUCCACAGGUUCAGCAUUCAACUGCACUUCCCGGCAAAGAGGCUUCCGAUGGUGGCAAAGACUUGUUUAACCCUCUUAAAAUAGACAUCGACACAUCAAAUGAAAUUAGUGAUGACAUCGAGGAGGAUCUUUCUUUAGACAUUCAGGCGGCUAAUUUGAAUAAAAGUAUUGCUCCGAACAAAAUUGUGUCUCCCGUGAUUCCUCAGGCGUCUCCCAAGAUGAGACGGCGCAGAAUGACGAUCAGCGAGUGUCGCGCAGAAAUCUCCACCGACACUGCAAGAGUGCUUUUUCGCAGUUCUAGCAGUCCCGAUAAUAACAAAAUCUCACCGUUUAGAAAAAACAAAAAACAGUUCACUAGUCCCAGAAGUGUUUCUACAAAACCCAAAUUUUCAUCUAAGCCAAAGUUUGUGCAUGGCAACUACAAUCGUUACUAUGGAUACCGAAAUCCGAAAUAUGAGAGAGACCACCGUAUGGAUAGUUUUGAUUCCGAGUGGUUUGAGUGUAAAGAUGUGUUGGACGUCGGGUGUAAUGUGGGCAGUCUGACGCUGACUAUCGCGCGAGACUUCAGGCCAAACAAGAUCGUUGGCAUGGACAUCGACGGCACACUUAUUAAAGCAGCAAGGAAGAACAUCCGUCAGUAUCUGUCGUGUCGCGUCACUGACCCCAGUAAAUAUCCUGUGUCCUGUCUGACAAAUUAUGGACCUAUUUCAGCGCCACCUGUUGGAGAUGCCAAGUCGAUUUCCACAUUUCCUAGUAACAUCAUGUUCAUUCAGGGCGAUGUAGUGUUGGAAGACGACCGGUUACUGGAGUACCAGUCAGAGGAGUAUGACAUGAUUCUUGCCCUCAGCAUCACCAAGUGGAUUCAUCUGAACCACGGCGACGCCGGACUCAAACGCGUCUUCAAGCGAAUCUACAAACAGUUGCGACCAGGCGGAAAGUUAAUCCUCGAACCCCAGCCAUGGUCGUCAUACAAAAAACGCAAGAAGCUAACGGAGCAGAUUUACACAAACUAUUUGAGUAUCGAGUUGAAGCCGGACGCGUUCCGGAAUUACCUCCUCACUGAGGUCGGAUUCAGCAUGUGUGAGGUCAUCGGAGUCCCGUUCAACAAAUCUAAAGGUUUUCGCCGACCCCUGCAACUGUACACCAAGACUGACACUAUCAGCAACACUCCAAACAUCCCUGACACAGACGAACACACUCAACACACCUCAGAUACUGACAGAAUCGCACAACAUCAAAACACUCGUACCGUACAACUAGAUGGACAGACAGACGUUGCUGAUAAGAAACCAAUAAUCACAGAAGCUAGUGCUCCUACUGAAAUGGUGGAUUGUAACACAGAAGCUAGUGCUCCUGCUGAAACUUUAGAUUGUAAAUCAGAAGCUAGUGCUCCUACCAAAAUGGUGGAUUGUAACACACAAGCUAGUGCUCCUACCAAAAUGGUGGAUUGUAACACACAAGCUAGUGCUCCUACUGAAAUGGUGGAUUGUAACACAGAAGCUAGUGCUCCUGCUAAAACUUUAGAUUGUAACACACAAGCUAGUGCUCCUACCAAAAUGGUGGGUUGUAACACCGAUGUGAACAACAGCAGAGAUGCACAAACCAUCACUGAAACAAGUGCUAGUUCGGAAUCCAUCAUUCUACACACUCGACUGAACGUUGCUAGUUCGGAAUCCGUGAAUCUAUACACUCGACUGAACGUUGGUCACUCCCAGGUCUUGGAGGGUGUUGGUGCUGAUGGUCAAACAGUGGAUCUGGACGUAAGACUGGGCAACUUGGAAGAUUCUUCAGCUGAUCCUAGUGUUACCAUGGAAACAAUGCAGUUAGACAGAAACUAGGACACUAGAAUGUAAAGAUGAGAGUUGGAUCUGAACUCUUGACAUUGAACAGCAAGAAUUACUGGAGACACAUUGUGUGUCAUCACACUGAGGCAUUCAACACUAAACACAAAGUGUAACCUAUGUGGGACAAUCGACACUAAACACAAAGUGUAACCUAUGUGGGAUAUUGAUAUUAAACACAAAGUAACCUAUGUGGGAUAUUAAACACAAAGUGUAAUAUAUGUGGGACAUUCGACACUAAACACAAAGUGUAACCUAUGUGGGACAUUCGACACAAACAACGUGUAACCUAUGUGGGACAUUCGACACUAAACAAAGUGUAACCUAUGUGGGAUAUUGAUAUUAAAUACAAAGUGCAAGCUAUGUGGGAUAUUAAUAUUAAACACAAAGUGUAACCUAUGUGUGGUAUUGAUAUUAAACACAAAGUGCAAGCUAUGUAGGACAUCCGAUACCAAACAUAAAUAGGCACUGUGGGGGCUGUCUGAGAUCGAGGGUGCAAAGCAAAGUUUCUAGGGGGUUAGGGGGUAUGUUCCCCCAUAAAAUUCUGAAAACUAGAUUUCCUAAAAUGCAAUUUCCUGCAUUCUACAAGUAAAAUUCAUCUCUGCUUUAAGAUUUACUACCAGUAAUAUUUUUUAUUCAGAAUUAUGGUAGGGCCCCUAGCCCUCCUGCUCUGCCGUGCCUGAUAAAGUGUAAUCUAUGUGAGACGUCCGACACCAAACACAAAGUGUAACCGAUGUGGGACAUCCGACACAACACAAAGUGUAACCUAUGUGGGGCAUCCGACACCAAACACAAAGUGUAACCUAUGUGGGACAUCCGACACCAAACAAAGUGUAACCUAUGUAGAACAUCCAUCUCUAAACACUAAUGGUAACUUAUGUGAUUACAUUCGACACAAAACAAAGUCUAACCUAUGUGGGACAUCUGGCACUAAUCGGAAAUAAUUUGACAGACGCAAGAACACAGCAGUGAAAUGAUUAAUUUGAUAAAUGAAAGAACACAGCAGUGAAAUGAUUAUUUUGAUAAAUAAAAUAAUUAAACAGUGAAUGUUUAAUUUGAUAAAUGAUAUAAUAAAACAGUGAAAUGAUUAAUUUGAUAAAUGAAAGAACACAGCAGUGAAAUGUUUAAUUUGAUAAAUGAAAUACCACAGCAGUGAAAUGUUUAAUUUGAUAAAUGAUAUAAUAAAACAGUGAAUGUUUAAUUUGAUAGAUGAGAUAAUGUAACAGGAACAUGUUUAGUGUCAUGAUGCAGUAUUCAACAAUUACUGGUUGUCAUAUUGAACGAAUGAACAUAGUUAAGUUCCUGACAAAAGCAGAUACAGAACAAAUGUAUGUUGAAAGUCGUGAACCUGUUUUCUUUUCUUCUGAAUACAGGGACAUGCAAUAUUAGUUGUCAGUGACGGCCAUGUUUAACGGAUACACAAGAACAAAUUCAUAUUGAAAGUGGCAGUCAUGAUUUUCCUGGUUGACUUCAAACAGAAUUUGAAGAACUGAAUGUUCCUAUUAAAUGUGGUUGCCACAUGUUUCUUGGUUAACUACACUCCGAUGUGUACAAUGGAAUAGUGUAAUGAAAAUGCAGCAAUGUUUUUUCCAGUAAUAACAUUAAAAGUGACGGCCAUGUUUUUCCUAAUUAACUUAAGAGGAAUGCUGUACAACUGAAUGGAAUAACAUUAAAAGUGACGGCCACGUUUUUCCUGAUUAACUUUAGAAGAAUGCUGUACAACUGAAUGGAACAAUAUAAAAGUGGCUGUCGUGUUUUUGUGUUUAUUGACUGCUUGCAAACCGAUCUUAAAGCAUAGAAGAGAGAUCAGAAUGGAGGUGACAGACAUGUUUUACUUGUUCACUUGAACAGAUUUGGAAGAACUGAACAGUGAUGUUAAACUGGUGGCCAUGUUUUGUUCAGGAUGGACUCCAAACAUGGAGACUGAAUUGAAUGAUUGCCACGAAUAUGUUUACAGUACAGUUGUCAAGACAUUGUUACAUGGGUGCAGUCUUCCAUACACGGUUUUUUCUUCUUCUCAGUUUCCCCAUGAAAUAAAACUCUUGCAUAUAAAUUUGUAAAGCUGGUGCACUGCGAUUUGUUUGUAUGUAUUGAAUAUAUUGCUUAUUCUGUAGGCAUCCCUGGUAUUAAAACAGUUUAACCAUC